AUGGUUUUUGUGGAGGCAACGGUAACUCAAAUUUUGUUUUUCUUCUACCCCAAUUCUUCUUUUUCACUGCAGCUUCCAUUGUCCUCUUCUCAUCUGCUUUUGCUUCUUCCGCUUCCAUAUUCUGCUUCUGCUUGUUGCGAUCGUCUCCAUCUUUGUUAAAGAGAACAAACCACGUUUGCCACAAAAACCAAUUACUUCAUUUAGUCUGUAAACCUAGAAUGCAAGCUUCUCCUUCUUCUUCUUCUCCUAUGGUGGUUAAGAGUUCAUUAAUCGACCCAGAUGGUGCUGUCGUGGUGGAUCUGGUGGUUCCAGAGAGUGAGAGGACUUCCAAGACGCUUGAGGCCGAGUCAUUACCGAAACUGAGGCUUUCUAAGAUCGACGUUGAAUGGGUACAUGUGAUCAGCGAGGGAUGGGCCAAUCCGUUGAGAGGGUUCAUGAGGGAAAAUGAGUAUUUGCAGAGUUUGCAUUUUAAUUGCAUGAGGAUGAAAAUGGGAAUAUUGUGAAUAUGUCGCUACCAAUCGUUUUGGCUAUUAAGGAGUGAAUUGGAUCGUCCAUGAAUGUUGCGCUGGUCGGGCCUGAAGGAGAUUUGAUUGGUACUCUACGGAGCAUUGAAAUAUACAAGCAUAACAGGGAAGAAAGAAUUGCCAGAACAUGGGGAACAACUGCACCAGGAUUGCCAUAUGUUGAAGAGGUUAUUACCCCAUCUGGAAAUUGGCUCAUUGGUGGAGAUCUGGAGGCUUUAAAGCCUGUUAAAUAUAAUGAUGGGCUUGAUCACUACAGGCUCUCUCCCAAACAACUAUAGAAAGAAUUUGAUAAACGUCAAGCUGAUGCAGUUUUUGCUUUCAAUUAAGAAACCCUCUGCCCGUAGUUUCUUAAAUUAAUGUUUGCUUCGAAUAGAAGAGGUUAUUACCCAAACAUCCUAAAUCAGUGUUCCCAUUGGAGAUUUCGGAUUAGCAAUUGUCAUGCAGCAGUGUUAUUGGUACUCUUGCCGGGUAUCAAGCCUCUAUCCCUUGGCAAAGUGAAGGAUCCCGAAUUUAUAGAGAAAUGUUUUGUUCCAGCAUCAAUGAGAUUGCCUACUAUAGAACUCUUGAAGGAUCCAUUCCUUGCAACUGAAAUUCCAAAAGAGCCUUCUUCUGUGCAUUUGCCAGGGUCAGAACCUAUUCUUAUGGACAUAGAUCCUAACUUGAAGAAGCUUUCGGUUAGUUUCAGUGUGAAAAGUGACGAAGGGAGUAAUCUGUUUCCAACCCAUGAAUGUCAGAGGUCCAGUACAAGCAAUGAGUUCAGACUAAGAGGGGAAAAGGAUGAUGGUGAUACAAUUUCUUUACCUUGUGGAUUGCUGAUCGUUGUGGUCAGGCAAGUACUGUCCAUUUUACUUUUUAUCUAGAUUCAGAUGCUGCAGUGUCAUAGUUGAGGAAACGGUUGAGCAACUUGAUUUAUCACACGAAGAUGUGACUUUCAUAGCUGAGUUAAUCGAUGACUUGAUAGUGAAGCUUGUGCAGGUUGGAACUCUUCAUUUGGAAGUACGUCAAGGCAACCAAAUAGUUCUUAUGAAUCAGGGAAAUUUUCUCAAAUUGUGGUCAGCAGGCAGCAUGUGCUCCCAGAUGUGGACAUUAUGAAAAAUCAAGAAACUAACAAAUCUGCUGCAAAUUCAGAUAUAUCUGCUGAAUUUGAUGUCACUGUUGAUAGCAUCAACACCAAGGUUAUGGAAUCCCAUGAUCAGAGUUAUGAUAAGUUGCACUUGUGCUCUGGCACAAAUGAUUUCAGCUCAGAUUUUGGGGUUUAUGAUCACAAUGAAUGGCAUGAACAGAGGAGAGAUGAUAUCAACAUUGUUGAAUCCAGACUGUUUAUGGAAUCCUCAAAGACCUCCGAAAUAUCUUUUAUUGACUCAUGCUCUGGGAUGUCAAAAGAUUUGAGCUUAUCAAGCAUCUGCUCUCUUUCCUGGCAGACAAAGAUCAAUAUGAUGAGCUGAAGUUGGAGCUUGAUGCCAUUGAUGCUCAGUAUCACCGGUGGUUCCAAGAACUGGUGAGAAUGAGGGAAGAAGACAAUUGAAAAUGCCAAAGAAUAAAUCCUAGAAGGAGGUUUUUGGCAUGAGUAGUUGCUUUUUGUUUGCAAUUUUGCUUUUUUUUUUAGUUGGUUCUCAUUUUGUUCGCCUAAAGACUUCAUCACAGGAGGAGUCAUUUUGAGCAGAGGUGUGUUUUAGUUUUCUGGUUUUCAUUUCAACAUUCAUUUUGAUCUUUUUUCCCCCACUGUUAAGAGUUGAAGCUGCUAUAUAUAUUCGAUCUGUUUAUAA